ACACACACGCCUAAAUAUACGAGGGACAAACACGAUUUAUAUUUAUAUGUAUAUAUCUAUAUGUAUAAAGCAAUGCGCGCACUUACCAUUCUUUUCAUAACAUUACAAUUUGUAAAGGGGGCAAUCAAGGUUUUUAAGUCUCAUAUAAAAGUCAUUCGAUGCAGUCCCAACAAUCAGUUCCCUCUUUUCAUCGGUCAGUGUUCGAUAGACUAAUUGUACAAUUUUUGUUGUCUUUGUAAAGGCUAAACAUUUGAAGCAGUUUACAUAAAUCGAAUAUAAAAAGAAAUUCAAAAUGUUGCGAUUUGCUUUAUUGUCCGCAUGUGUUGUACUGGCUGCAUCACAGCAAUACCAUCAAAAUCCUCAAACUGCUGCCAUUAUAAGCGAGCAGCGAUACCUAGCUGGCAACCAAUUUGGAGCCACAUACGACACCGAAGAUGGAACAAACUUCAAAGAAGAAACUGAUGCUGAUGGCACCCGUCAUGGAAGUUACAGUUACAUUGACCCAACUGGUCAAAAACGUACAAUCUCUUACACAGCUGGUAAAAAUGGAUUCCAAGCAACUGGUGAUCAUAUUCCAGUAGCACCAGCCCCACCACCACAUGCUCAACCCCAAUUCCAUGCCCAACAACAACAACAACAACAAGCACAACCCCGUCAUCAACCCCAACAAUUCAGCUCUGAAGGCGAUAACUUCGAUGACGGCCAAUACGAUCCACGAUACAACGAUCCAAGCUUCUCACCGAACACAAACAAUCACUUUGCUGCUGCUCCCGUCCAUGCUGCUCCAGCUCCAGUUCAUGCUCCAGCUCCAGUUCAUUACAAUCCACAACCAGCCCCACAACAAUUCAUUCCACAACAACAAAACUUCAACCACAUCCCACAAUACACAACCACACCGAAUCCACACCGUUUCCAACCACCGGGUAAACUUGCAUUGAACCGUACCCCAGACGGUUUCUCCUACAGCUUCAACAAAGUUUAGAUGAUUUCUUUUCUCGAUAUUUUGUAUUUUGAUAAAAGAAUUGCGGGUCAACUUGUUUGAUUUUUCCAUAAAUUUUGUUAUUAUUUUGACCUGUAUGUGUGUGAUGUUGACUAUAAAAUAAUGUUUAAUUUGAAGACUUGGUAUGAUCAAGAAAAAACAAACAAAAUAUGUAUACCAACGCUACAAGCUUAAUUUAUAAUAUUUAGUAUUCGAGCUGUGUCUUUUUUUAAAUUAAUAAAAAAACAAG